GUUGACCUUUCCUUUGUCGAGAGGUGCGAUGCUGUCAGUCUUCGCGAUCACCUUCAUCCUUAUCACGUGGUCACCACGUGUCGUUCAGGCUCAGGGAGGCACCUCCAAUGCAACCUGCUACCCACCUUCAUGGGAGCUCAAUGAUCAGGGGGAGAACCCAUGCUUGGUCUGGGCGCAGCUCUUGACCUUGUGUCAAAGCGGUCCCGUUAACGUGCAACCACUGCCGAACAACAGUUAUUACCUUGCUCCUGGCGAUAACUGGCAGCCAAAUGACUGCAACUGUAAUAUCGUGUCAUACAACCUUAUGGAAGCAUGUUGUUGGUGCCAACCUCAAACCACCUCUUACACGUGGCUCAAUGAAACGACUUGGAUUCGUGGUUGCCCAACCUACAAUCCCACAGGUGUCACUGGGGUAUCCCUUGCCGAUGUUCAUAUCCCCGCCUGGACUUACGAACCCGGUAAUGGGGAGUCGUGGGAUCCCAGCCAGGCACAAGCGUACGAAGCCGCAAUUUCGGUAUCAUCGACCGCUGCUCAGUCGACGUCGAUAACAACCACAUCAAGUAGUACUAGCAACGGUGGCAGCAGCACAACCACUUCCAGCGCUUCGUCUCCAGGGUCGUCCUCUGGAGGGCAGACCGGAGGAUCUACCAGCAGCAGCAAUACCGGGGCGAUCGUGGGAGGUGUCGUCGGAGGUGUUGUGGGCUUGGCCCUGAUCGUGUUGCUCGCAAUCUUCAUCUUCCGAAGGAACAAUACUACAGGCCCUGGUUUUGCAGGCCCUGGAGAUGCUGCAUUAGGUAUGACCGGCAAAGGCUCCGACCGUCCAAUGUUGCAGCAAGCCACGUCAUUCUCAACAGCAUCACCAAUGCCGUCGGGCGCAACCGCUGCACUAUACCUUUUAUAUCAACCUGGAACAACGACCGGCAUGGGCUACGACGGGUCGGCACCAGCCACGAGCUAUUCGAGUUCUCCACCUCCGGGAGUUUUCCAUGGUGGGCUACCAGCUGGUCAAAAUUAUGGCAGCCAGCUUGCCGUGGGUGGAUACUCGGGCCUUCCGGAGGCAGGGGUUUGAAGAGAAAGGGGACGGUUGCUGGAUGCUGUUGCGAUUCUUUGCC